CUCCAGCUUUGCGCAGAUGGCCAAAGUGUCCAAACCGGACUGUGAAUGUGCUCACACGCGGCCACAGGAUGACAACAUGAGAGCAGAUUAGUCAUUUAACUCUUCACCCUCUGCUUUGUUUUACUGAGUGUAACAGUGAAAGUCAAAGUAGUGAAACACCCAGCGCAGGAGCACUUGGCUACAUGUGAAUGUCUGCCGGUCUCCCAGCGCACUGCGCUGGUGAUGCCAUGCCACGAAGUCACACCGGCGACGAGAGCAGCGGCACCGGGCUCUGGCUUAAGACCUCGACAGGACGCCGGGUGCAGGACUACGCGCUGAAAGAUGUGGAGUCUGGGCGGAGGACGAUGAAUAACGCGGUGCGGGUCGGGGACGGUCUCCUGUCUCCCGCCACGGCAGGUGCGGUGGGGUCGGAGAGGAAGCAGGGUGCCCGGCUCAGCCUGCUGGGGAAGCCGCUGACCUACAGCGCGCAGAGCGGCCGCAGGAACGCGCGGUAUCGGCGGCUCCAGAAUUACCUCUACAACGUGUUGGAGAGACCGAGGGAAUGGGCUUUCGUCUACCACGCUUUUGUGUUCAUCUUGGUGUUCGGAUGUCUGGUUCUCUCAGUAUUUUCUACAAUCCCUGCUCACCAGGAAUUCUCUGCACACUGCCUGCUCAUCCUGGAGUUUGUGAUGAUUGUAGUGUUUGGUCUGGAGUACAUCAUCAGGAUAUGGAGUGCUGGCUGCUGCUGUCGCUACCGAGGCUGGCAGGGACGCCUCCGCUUUGCCAGGAAACCGUUCUGUGUCAUAGACAUCAUUGUACUCAUCGCCUCGGUUGCCGUGGUUUCAGCCGGUAGCCAGGGUAACAUCUUUGCCACCUCUGCGCUGCGUAGCCUCCGUUUCCUGCAGAUCCUGCGCAUGGUGCGCAUGGACCGCAGGGGAGGGACCUGGAAGCUGCUGGGAUCUGUAGUGUAUGCACAUAGCAAGGAGCUGGUAACUGCGUGGUACAUCGGGUUCCUGGUGCUAAUCUUCUCCUCCUUCUUGGUCUAUCUGGUGGAGAAAGAAUUCAAUAAGGAGUUUGCCACCUACGCCGACGCUCUGUGGUGGGGCACGAUCACCCUGACAACUAUUGGCUACGGCGACAAGACUCCGCAGACGUGGACAGGACGGUUAUUAUCGGCCGGUUUUGCUCUGCUGGGGAUCUCCUUCUUCGCUCUGCCAGCUGGCAUCCUCGGGUCAGGUUUUGCCCUGAAGGUGCAGGAGCAGCAUCGACAGAAGCACUUUGAAAAGAGGAGGAACCCAGCUGCGAGCCUCAUCCAGUGUGUCUGGCGUAGUUAUGCUGCUGAUGAGAACUCGGUUUCCAUUGCUACCUGGAAGCCUCAUUUGAAGGCGUUGCAUACCUGCAGCCCCGCCAAGAAAGAGCAGGGCGAGACUACUUACAGUCAGAAGUUGAGUUUUAAGGAUCGGGUCCGGAUGGCGAGCCCCCGUGGUCAGAGCAUGAAGAGCAGGCAGACGUCCAUCAACGACCGCCAACGCUCUUCCCCUGGCAACGAGGUGGUAGGAGGCCCCGAGCUGAUGGGAGGGAGCCCGGCCAAAGUGCAGAAGAGCUGGAGCUUCAACGAUCGGACACGGUUCAGGCCGUCGCUGAGGCUGAAGAGCCAGACUCGCACUGCUGUCCCAGAUGUGGACACAGGCAUGACCACGGAGGAUUCCUUUGAUGAGAGAGGCUGCCAUUGUGAUGUUACAGUGGAGGAUCUAUCAGCUCCCCUCAAGGCUGUCAUCAGAGCUGUCAGGAUCAUGAAGUUCCAUGUGGCAAAAAAGAAGUUUAAGGAGACAUUGCGUCCGUACGAUGUGAAGGACGUCAUAGAGCAGUACUCUGCAGGACACCUCGACAUGCUCUGUCGCAUCAAGAGCCUUCAGACGAGACUGGACACUGUAGUGGGUCCCCCUCCGAGGCCGUUCAGCAGCCGCCACAAGACCUUUUCUUCUCCCUCCCUGCAUUUAUAUUACAGCCAGGCCCGGAGGAAACAGUCUGCACCGGGACUGGCCAGUGCAGCGGGCUCUGGUCCCAGCCUGAGUAGCCGACCCAGGAACAUGUCCUCUCCUGCCCUGCACUAUUAUUACAGCAACAACAGGAAGAAGCUCUCUGGCUCAGGGGUGGAUCAGAUUCUGGGAAAAGGCCAGAUCCCUGUGGAUAAGAAGAUGAGGGACAAACUGCAUCCAGAUGGAGACUCUCUGGAGGGCAUGAGCAUGCUGGGACGUGUGUGUAAGGUGGAGAGACAGGUAACUUCCAUUGAAUCAAAGUUGGACUCUUUGCUGGACGUUUACCGCCAAGUACUACAGAAAGGCCCCACAGCACUCACCCUGUCCUCCUUGCCCCUGUUUGAGCUGGACAACCACCACAACUCGGACUACCAGUCCUCCAUCAUCGGCAGGGAUCUUCCCUCUCCUCAGGGAGGUGAUCCAGGUGGAGGUGGAGGAGAUAACAAUGGGGGAAUCGGCCGUUCUCUCUGCUCCAACCCAAGAGGCCUGCGGCUUAUCCUGGCACCUGCUGAUGAUGACUGCCCGCCUGACUCAGCACCUCCAUCUUACCCCCCGUCCACAGCCUCGCUCUCCCCAUCACCCCUGCUGCCUCCUGAUAGCCCCUACCCGACCUUGGUCACCCCCAACGGUACCUCCAAAAGAGCACACUUCCCUGACCUGCCACCUCCACCUCCUUCAACAGGAGGUUUCACCCUCCGCCUGCCCCCAACGUUGCAUCCCUCCCACCUGCGGUGCUCCGCUGACCCCGUCCCAGAUGAAAUGACAGAUGAAGUCUCGGUAGAUGAGGGGAGCCUGGGCCCCUCUGUUGUUGUGGGAUCCAGUGUAGAUGCUGACCAGGAAGGGGACAGUGAGGCAGCCCCUGCACAGGGAGGGGUGCAGCUGCGGGAGAAGUCUGGCUUGAAAUCUGAGGGGGUCUGGAGGAGGCACAUGAGCCUGGAGGUUAACCCCCUGCUGCUGCUCUCGUCCAGCCCGGACGAGAGGCCUUCAGACUGGGGAGGCAGUCUCGGGAAAUCCCUCUCCGUGCACAAUCUCAGCCAGCCUUUGACCAACCGUGCCCCCGGUCUCUCCUCUGCGCUCAACAACAGCAGCAGCAACGGUAGCAAACGUGGCAACGCCCACGGUGACCUUAGCAACUGGGACGGAACAGAACUCUUCAUUAGUGAGUGCAAGCUAGAGCCAGCAGAAGAACAUUUCAACUACCUGUCCCAGGGACCCGACAGCAGCCCCUCAGACCUUUUACAGACUGUGGAGGAGGCUGCACCACGCCCCGACUUUCUCAGUCAGUCCCCACAUAUACAGCUGGCAUAACCACAUUAACACACCUGCAUACUGUAUGUACACGACAUUGUUGGGGAAUACUUUUAAAGUAUUUUUACAGGACACUAUACAGAUUAUGUUGCAAAUGUCCAAACAAUGCCUUGUAUAUGGACAUACAAUAUUUUUAUAUUUUGUCUAACAUGAUUAUUCCCACUUUCAUAAAGAUUUUAUGAGUUAUUUGCUUUUUACAGGGUACUGAAAUCCCCAUAAAGAAUAGUAAUGGAGGUAUAAGAUAUGUAUGAAAGUGGGCAUAGUCAUCUAAGACAAAAUACACAAAUAAUGUUCCUUUAAGAGAAAUCACUCUGGUCUUUACUAAAGAUAUUCAGAAAUUUUAUUAACUUUAUACAAAAAAAAAGGUUUUUCAUAUACAAGAUCAUAUAUUAAUAAAAAAGGAUGUUAAUAACCUUUAAUUUUGUUUAAAAUAAAGAACAAGGAAGGAAUGUUAACUGAUUUCUGAGCCUGCAGUCUGACACCUGCCUACUAGGAAUUAAAGUGUAGAGGCAAAAUAAUUUGGUUCACCACAACAGUAAGUGUCUGUGAGUAAUGUUAGCUUUCUUGUCCAUGCAAUUUCCAUCAGUCUGAACUGAAACCCAAACCAAAGAACCUAGUUUGGGCUCAUCGCUGAAACAAGCAGGAGUGUUUGUCGUAGAAAGUAAAGCAUAGUUUAAUCUGCCUUGUGGCAACCUUGACAAUUAAAUGAGUGAAUAAAACCAGAAGGAAAUACUGUAUGUCUCACAGCUAAAAGUCCAGAGUAGAGUUGAACCUCACAGAAGCCACUGGAAACUAUAGGUCAACCACUUCUUUCUUAACAUGCGGUGAAACCACUACACACACAGGUACAUGCACACACAUACAACCACAACCACAACCACAACCACAGAAUACUCCAGCCAACUUGACGAAGAGCUGUGACUGACUAAUGACUUUAUUUUUCAUACAAGUGCUUGUAUUCAGAGACUUUGUUGGAAGACAAGAGGAGUCACUCGCUCUUCUUACUCAGCGUCUGUCUUUGGCAAUGUAAAAUGUCAUCUUUUACUUACACUUUCAUACAUAUCACUGCAUGGACUGUUUCCAAAAACAAAUGAAUGAAAGGAGAAUAAUGGGUGAGGCCUGGUGUGGUGGGAAUAGCUGGAUUACAAAAGAGGGCCAAAGGUCGAACCCUCCGCAUGUAUUCAGACCACAAGCAUCACAUUCUGUUCAUUUUCUACAACCACAGAAACGUUAGUCAAUGUUUAUACGGUUGCUCAGUUUCAUCUGUCAGCAAGUUGUCAGUGAAUUUGGAUGCAGCAAACCUUUUGGGGAAAAAUGGCCUAUCAGCGAUCACUCAAGAUGAAGGGCUGCUGGACCAUGUCCCAUUUGGUUUGGACAGUAGCCUGGUGAGUUAGUUGCUUACGGUCUGGAUGCUGAAAUGCCGCAGGCUUAUCGAGUGGGCUCUCUCAGCCAAGCAUGACAUGCUGCAUGUCUCAACUGUUGCAGUACUUACAGUGAAGAGCAGUCACACACUUGCUGGUGGCCUGGAUGUCCCUCUGCAUGUUAAAAAAAUGUUUCCUCCAAAAUCUUGAACGAAAAAGUUUGAGCAAAGUCUGCCUAUAUGAACAUUAUUAUAUACUAAUUUGAACUAAUUUGAAAGUAGUGAUAUAGAUAACCCAUUUCCUAUUACAAUUUAGAACAAACAUACAACCUUUAAAGGUCUUUAGAUUUUUUUUUGACAAACCCUGUCUUUUUACUGGGUGCUGGUUGCACCAUGUGCAUUAAUAAUGAUGCUGGACUGAGCAUAUUCCCUCCUCCUAGUCUAAAGCAACAUGAGAUGUAGUGUGUUGUUACAGGGCAACAUGUACAUAGCAGGUUAUUUUGCACCCAUGAAAACAACAUACAGCACAUGCACUGUUGUUGAUCCAGUAUGCAUGUUGCUACUUUAUCCAUGUGUCCGUUCUGCUGCUGACGAUGUCAGAAAAAUUUGAUAUAUUCACUUAAAAAACAGGAGCAAGAGGGAGUGAGAUGAUAAAACCGUGCCCUGUAAUCUCAAUAUAAAAUCCUAAUAGAUAUUUUCUGUGCACUCAGCUGGUGCUCUGAUCCAGAGCAAUGUGCUUAUAAGAAAACCUUGGCAGGAGACUAACUGGACGAGCCAGGAUGUCAGAUUAAAAUGUGUUUUUUGUGUUAACCUCUUACAUCUUCUGCUGCACCCCAAAAAAAACAUAUUUCCCAGGAUUUUAAAUAUGCACACAUCCUCCUCACCACAUCAAACAUGAUUAUAAUAUUUAACCAUGUAGGGUCAUUGUAAUAAGCUUUAAAAUCGAGUGCACACAUUUGUAUUUUGGUGCAUUCAGUCCUUGUUCAGAUUUCACUUGCAGGCGUAUGGGAAAAUGGUGUGCUGCAAGUUCCUUGAAUGACACUGUCCUUACACUACACUUGAUAGUUUUCACUGCCAUCCUGCUUGUUGACUGUUCUUGAGUGAGAAUUAUGCACAAAAAUACGUCAGCCAUCUUAAUUUUAUGUCAGCCAUUUUGAUUUGUUGUUGCAUGUUUACGUCUUAAUGGGGUACGCCGUCACAGCAGUCUUAAAAAUGUAUUUUAACGUGUUAACGACAACCUUUAUUCAUCAUUGUUUUUCAGUUAUAUUCCCUUUGUUUUGAAUGGUAAGUGCAAAUUUACUUAGCAAAUAAAUUAACACUCUGUAGAAGAACAUAACAAGUAUUCUCUCCUAACAAAUGACAAUUGUAAACACGUGUAGAUUGAUUUUGAAAUAUUAUACAGCCCAUGCAGGAGUUGAUGAGAUAUAUGAUCAACGUGAAAGCACAGUUGUUUUUUGGUGAGUUUGAGGAGCCUGAAAAUGUGACAUGGUAGUUUAAUGCUUAAUAUUGGAAUAGAUUUGUUGUAGUUGUUGAUUGAGUUUUGAUACAUAUGAAAAGAGGCCAACCAAAACUGUCAGUUACUGUGGAGCGAGAUGUCGGACACAAGGGAAGCUCAAGGACUCAGCCAGUCGGGGGAUGGUAUGGAUUAUCUCCCACAUAAAACAUGCUAAUUUUUGCAAUCUGUAAAUUGCUUAAGGGUGCCUUUCUUGCAUAUGAAAAGUCUUCAUUUUUUUCUUUGCAGGGCUUAAAGGUCCUGUUUGCCUAUAGCCUAUAUCAUACUGUAUAGUUGAAGUCAAACUGCUCAUUUUGAGUCGGGCAUCUAGUUCAUUUAAGUCAUGUAGCUUUAGCCACAGACUUUAUACGGCUUUGAUGGAUAAUAAUACCAUUUCUCUACUGCUUGAACAGUAAUUUAUUACACAACUGGGCCUUAAAGCUUGACAAUGUUAACAUUAUUAUUUCUUUGAAAUUAAUUUAUUAAAGUGCACAUUAUGUUCUCUGGAUGAGAAAUGCAAAAAUAAUUUUAUUAUUCAU